CCCGGGGGCCUCCUUGCUGCCGUAGCGACUCCUGCGGUUUCAUUGUCUGGACUCCCUACUCCGAGCCCCGGGCUGCUGCACUGAUUUGCGGAUCGAACCCCCUUCCAUGUCGUGUGUGCUCAGGACAUACAAUAGUCCGAGGUCUUUUCUUUGUAACUAUUUAAAUUUGGCUCCUUUGUUUGUGAGAGGCAUAGCUAGUUCUUCUUUUCUGCCUCGAAUGCCACUUGAACCUUGAGCUCCGGUGUGGGCUCUUCCCUGCAGGAUGGGGUUGGCAGUCGCUACUUCUGGGCAGUUCCUGCUCCCCCUCCUGCUGCUGGGGGCUCCCCUCCUGCUUUGUUCAUCCGCCGCCUCAGAGCCCAAGGCCGGGGGACGCAGUUGCUCAGAGACCCGCCAGGUCUUGGGUGCCAAGGGAUUCAGUGUAGCCAGCGCUCCCCAGACCCUCAUUUCAGGAGAGCAUCUGAGAUACUGCCCACAGGAUUAUACCUGUUGUACAUCAGAUAUGGAAGACCAGCUAGGACGACAGAGUGAACUUGACUUCCGGAACAUGAUCGAGGACAUCAGUCACUUUCUGCUAACAACCUUCACUGCACGUCAUCGUAAAUUUGAUGAGUUUUUUCGGGAGUUGAUUGGCAUUUCCGAGACUGUAAUGAAUCAGAUGUUUACACAGACUUAUGGCAGACUGUACACUCAGAAUGCACGGGUCUUUGAGGAGCUUUACAAAGAGCUGCACCAGUACUACCUGGGAGCCAAGGUCAACUUGGAUGAGACCCUUUCUGAAUUUUGGACCCGCUUACUGGAACGAAUGUUUGAACUGGUGAACCAGCAGUACCAGUUCAGUGAAGAGUACUUGGAGUGUGUCAGCAAGCAUGCAGAGCAGCUUGAGCCUUUUGGGGAUGUCCCAAGAAAACUCAGGAUACAGGUAACCCGAGCCUUUAUAGCCACUCGUGCAUUCAUGCAAGGUCUAGCUACUGGGCGCGACAUUGUGACAAAAGCUUCAAAGGUAGCGCCAACUCGUGAUUGUUUAAGGGCUGUCAUGCGAAUGACCUACUGCCCUCUGUGUCGUGGAAUGCCUACACUUAAGUCUUGCAAUGGAUUUUGCCGCAACGUUAUGAAAGGUUGCCUUGCCAAUCAGGCAGAUCUUGACAUUGAAUGGAAUAAUUUUAUUGAUUCCUUGAUCCUGAUAGCGGAAAAGUUGGAGGGCCCCUUUAAUUUUGAGUUAGCAACAGAAUCCAUUGCUGUAAAAAUCUCUGAGGGCAUCAUGUACAUGCAGGAAAACAGUGUACAGACUUCAACAAAGGUAUUUCAAGGAUGUGGCAACCCACGGCCAGCACCAAGCCGUGACAAGCGCUCCAGUAGAGAUGAGACAAAGAGGCGAUUUAGAACCUACUCACCCGAGGAGAAACCAACAACCGCUGCAGGGACCAACCUUGAUCGACUGAUUGCAGAUGUCAAGGACAAACUAAAAGCUAUGAAGAAGUUUUGGGUCUCCCUUCCUUACACCCUCUGUAAUGAUGACAGAGUGGCUGCAGAUCUGACGAAUGAGGACAAGUGCUGGAAUGGACAAACACGAGGCAGGUACUUGCCUGAUGUGAUGGCUGAUGGUCUUGUCAAUCAGAUUAAUAACCCAGAAGUAGAAGUGGAUAUUUCCCGUCCAGACCUAAAGACGCGACAACUGAUUAUGCAGCUUCGUAUCAUGACAAAUAGGUUAAAGAGUGCAGCCAAUGGCAAUGAUGUAGACUUCCAAGAUGCAUAUGAAGAUGGAAGUGCAUCUGGGGAUGGAGAAAGGUACAGUGAAGACCGCCCAGGUGGGACAAAUAAGGGGACCAGAACAGAUGAUGUCAAGUCUUCACGGAAUGAGCGUCCUACCAAAACCAACCGUCGGAACCAAAUGGGGCAGAAUAAUGCUGGCACGAACCUUCUGAGCACCCCUUUCAUGCUUUCCAUUAUUACUACUGUGACGGUCUAUGUCACCUUUCAUGGAUGAUCCCUGCUGCACACAAGUGAGCAUGAGGUUCCUUGGCAGUGAACUGCUUUUGCUGUGCCAGGACUUCUUGUAUGCUUCCUAAAUUGGGGAGGAAACUGAAAAACGACAGAACAAUUGCAGAGAGAGAGAAAGAGGGAGCAAGAAAAAGAGAGCAAGCAAGCAUGCUUUUUUCUUUUUUAAAGCUAGAGAUGGGUUAGUAGUUUACACCAGCAGAUUCAGUGGACAUCUGAGACAUCAAGAAAAAUGUUGUUGUUUUGGUUGUUGAGAAACCAAAAAAAAUCUUUUUGUAACAUUAAGAACAUUUUUUAACUUUUAGAACAAACAAAUAAUUGAAGCAUUUUUUUAAUUAUUUAUUGGGGAUUUUGCCUAACUUUGUUAAUAGUGUGCGAGGCCAAGGGGCAGUAUCACUGCUGUGGUAUUGCAAGCAGUAAUGACCAGAGAGCAGUAGCUGUUAGGGAUUUGACUAGGUUUAUUUAUUUCUGCAGUGGUUCACAUAAAUCUAGUCAGCUCCAUGUUGGGAGGGAUAUUUACAUAGUGGAUGUAUGAAGAACUAUGGUACAGCGCUGUUCACUCACAGCUGCUUAUUUCUUGCUUAGGUUCAGCCACAGAGUGCAGGGGUUCUUUUCAUUGGAGGCACAUGGAAGCUGCAGGAGCAUUAUUGUGCCAUCUGCGACACAGAUGCUUUUGUAGCGUGUCAGUUGCUUUGUCUCUCAGCAGCUAAGUAUUUGGUCUGAAUUGAUGUAAAGACCUAGUCUUCAGUAUUCCCCACCCCGCUCAAAAAAGACAAAUUUGUUAAUUUAUGUAAUUCAGAUAUCUGUAAACACUUGCCAAUACUUAUAUAAACUGAUUUUUGUUCAGGGCAUUUUCUAAACGUGUCAGUAUCCAGAACAGAUAGUCUUAACUUGGGCCAUAAGUCUGAUGGAGAGGGUGGUGCUGAAGCUAGUCUACAAGUUGACAUACUAAAGAAGAUGUUUGCUCAAUGGUGAACCUUGUAAUAUGUACACAAUUGCUUUUUUCGACUUAUUUUCUUGGCAGAAUAGGAGGAGGAAGUUGGUUCAACUUAGUACCACUCUCAUUUUGUGGAAUACGAAACUUUAGUUGGCGGACAGCUCACAUUCAGUCUACCUGCCUGCAUCUUUAUACUACUAGACCAAAAUAUAAAAUGGAUUACUGUGUGUCUCCUAUUCACAACAGAUUACUGUCAGGGAUGAGACCUUUUGUUUAGCACAAUUCCCUUGACUAAGACAGCAUGUGUUUCUCAGGAUCUGUUCAUGUUUGGUGUGGUACUCAUUUUGUUCUGCAUUUUAUUUAAAUUUCUUGAAAUAGUUUUUGCUAGAGUGCUUUUUUUCUAAACAUGGCAGCUUUGACAUUAACACCAUCUUCCAAAAGGUACAAGCAAAAGCACAAAUUCUGUAUGAUCAUUUAGAAAAGCACAUUAGCUAGUUCUUGUCAGUUGAUCACCUGGAUUACUAAUGUCUAGCACUACUACUUUUUAUUCGCUAACCUGCAGUAUGAAUCCACUUUAUUAGAUGCAUGGAAUAAUAAUGUAGAGCCACAGGGAAAAAAAGCAAUAUCAACAAGCUAGAAUUGACUGCAGUUUGCUUGGUCUUACUAAAACUUGCAUACACAUUACAGAUUAAAAUUAAUGCCACAUAGGGUAUGGAAAUCAUUGUAUCAAGUUUUACUCUGUAACCAUAGAUUACUUUGUAGUUUAUGUUUACAGGGAAUACAUUCAGAACACUGAAUGCUCUGAAAAUUGACAACAAAAAGAUAAACUGAAAAGAUUGAAACACAAAACUUUGAAAGUGCUUAAAAAAAAAUCUUUGCAGGUGGGCUAAGCCCCUGUGUACUGCCCACAUACUCCCUGGUAAUUAUAUAUACCAACUCUUGAGAUCUUAAGCAACUGCUAAGUAAGUCAAUGCUUUGAAUUUCUACUUUUAUGAAUCAAUAUUUUUGAACUUGAUAUUCAGAGUGUUUGACGUUAUGAAUGUAUCCGGUUCACAUCCCCCAUAGCCUAGGCAGCUCCUCUUGUUAUGUAAGGCUUCCUUUUCUACUUUGGCUGUCCAUGUUCAGAAGGGUUACAGCUAAAAGCUAUUUGCUCCCAAAAUCGCACAGAAACUUCCACAGAAAUGCAGGUGCGCUCAGUAAAUCCAAAUAUCCAAAAAAAAAAAAGACAGCACCAUCACACAGAAUCAGUACAAAUACAUUUAUUAAGUUGUAUACAGACAAUGUACCCUACCAAUUGAAGAAGGCAGAAUUACCUGCUUAAACUGCUCUUUAGCCUAUGUUUGGUCUUUUCAGACUUCUCUCUGUCUUUAUAUUUGCCGUUAUUGUUUUGGACUGAUUCUGCAUGGUGAUGCUGUUUUUGGUCUGGGAUAUUAAAACUAAAGGACACCAUCACUCUGGUGAAACGGGAUGCAAACUGACUAUUGUGUUAGGACCGUUCCUGCUACAUGGCGGUGGCUCUGCCACUCACAGCAUUAACAGCCUGUGUUCAAGGGCAAGCAAGCAGUAUUUCAUGUCCAUCUUGAAGGGUGGGAUGAUAGAAGCACAGAAAAUGGUGUUCACACACUGCAUGGCCAUCUGGGAAGAUUUUAUUUAUUUUCUAAAAAUUCUCAUCCAUCAUGUGCUUUUUGUGAUAUACAUCCCAUGCUAGUAUGAACUUAGUUUUUGAUGAUCUGUGUGUAGAUCAGUGUUGCUAAUGCUAGGACCACUGCAGAACACCCAAAGUCUGACCCAAUUACAGAGCUCAGCUCCCUUUCCCCUCCAGGUCGGCUAGACUUCUGCCCCUUAAGGACAUCUGGACAUUCUUAUCUGUGCCAUUUUAGGUCUUUCUUACCACGGUUUAUAGCAUAUGUAUUGAUGUUCUUCGUGUUUCACUGUUGCAGUCAUCACACUUGGGUUAUCCUGCCU